GUACCAAGCUGGGGCUGGGCUACAGCAGCAUUCAGCCGGCGAGGAGAGGUUGACAGUCGGCUUGUGUAGGGAGGUACGUUCCAUUCACCUUCACCGAGUGGUACCGACGUGACGGCGUGGCCACGGAGACACGGCGGCUGUGUAGUUUUCUUUUCACCUGAUGUUUCCCUCUUAACGGCCGGCCGCCACCAUGACAGAGGAGGAAACUAUCAACGUGAAGGAGGUGGAGAUCAUCAAGGUGAUCUUGGACUUCCUCCACUCCAGGAAGUUGCAUAUCAGCAUGCUGGCGCUGGAGAAGGAGAGUGGCGUCAUCAACGGGCUUUACUCGGACGACAUGCUCUUCCUCAGACAACUGGUGCUUGAUGGCCAGUGGGAUGAGGUUUUGCAAUUCAUUCAGCCUCUGGAAUGUAUGGAGAAGUUUGACAAAAAGAGGUUCCGUUAUAUCGUGCUAAAGCAGAAGUUUCUGGAAGCCCUGUGUGUGAAUAACGCCAUGUCUGCUGAGGAUGAGCCACAGCACUUGGAGUUCACCAUGCAGGAGGCGGUCAAGUGUCUGCACGCCUUGGAGGAGUUCUGCCCCUCAAAGGACGACUACAGCAAACUGUGUCUGCUGCUCACCUUGCCUCGCCUCACAAACCACGCAGAGUUCAAGGACUGGAACCCGAGCACGGCCAGGGUGCAGUGUUUUGAGGAAGCCUGCACCAUGGUGGCAGAGUUUAUCCCCGCCGACCGAAAGCUGAGCGAGGCGGGAUUCAAAGCAAGCGGGGAUCGCCUCUUUCAGCUGCUUCUCAAGGGAGUCCUCUACGAGUGCUGUGUGGAGUUCUGCCAGAGCAAGGCAACGGGGGAGGAGAUCACGGAGAGCGAGGUUCUGCUGGGUGUUGACAUGCUGUGUGGUAACGGCUGCGACGACGUGGACUUGUCUCUUCUGUCGUGGAUGCAGAACUUGGGCCACAGCGUCUUCUCCUGCGCAUUUGAACAGAAGCAGCUCAACAUCCACGUGGACCGCAUAGUUAAACCUGCAAAAACUGGCUACGCCGAUCUGCUCACGCCGCUCAUCAGCAAACUGUCUCCCUACGCAUCCUCCCCGAUGCGCCGGCCCCAGUCGGCCGACACCUACAUGUCACGCUCUUUGAACCCGGCGCUGGACGGGUUGUCCUACGGGCUGUCCGGCCAGGAUAAACGAGCAAGCGGCGGGGAGGUGGCACCGGGUAAAGGUGUCUCUCCUAUGUCUCACUCUUUUGCCAACUUCCACUACCCAGGGGCCGGUGGACAGAGCCUGAGCAGGAGCCUCAUGAUGGAGAGCUCAGACUGCCACAGCAUCUUUGAGGAAUCGCCUGAAACGUCCAGGACGGAGACGCCUGUGGACAAAAUGUUGAAUUCUGGUGAAGCUCAGAUUUCGCGUCCCGCCUCAGCUCCUGGGGAAGAUGCACCAGCUGACUCUGCUGAAAGGAACGAGCUGUGGGACUCCACGGAGAAGUACGAGGAGUUUUAUCGUCAGCGCCUGCGUGUGCAGCAGCACCUGGAGCAGAAGCAGCAGCAGAGGCAGAUGUAUAAGCAGAUGCUGCUGGAGGGAGGAGUGCAGCAGGAGCCACCGCCCGAUGACAUGCAGCACAGCCUCACAGAGAAGUUCCUCAACAAGUCCAUCCAGAAGCUGGAGGAACUAAACCUGGGCAGGGAGAGUUUAGGAGACGAGGUCAAGUCUUUGGCCGAGCAGUGUAACGGCAACCCGCCUUCUUCAGAGUGCAACAACAACCCUCCAUCCUCCACUCCGGAGCACGACAGGAGCCAAAGGAGCGACGUGCUCAGCAGCACACCACAACAGCAAGCAGUGGGAGGCCGUGCAGUCCCAGCCCCGAGUGAAUCCCCCGUCAUCUCACAUAGUGCGCAGAAUCACAAGGCUGGCUCACACGGUGACUCCCCAGGAUCAAUGUCUCGCAGUAAAGAGGGUGACAAGGAAAAAAGCUUGUUUGUGCCAGUACACACUCUAGAAGACACUCAGGCCAUCCGUGCGGUCGCCUUCCACCCCUCAGGGGCGCUCUACGCCGUUGGCUCAAACUCCAAAACGCUUCGAGUCUGCGCUUAUCCAGAAACCCUGAACCCAAGUGGUUCAAGUCCAGUGAAGCAGCCGGUGGUCCGCUUUAAAAGGAACAAACACCACAAAGGGUCCAUCUACUGCGUGGCCUGGAGCCACUGUGGGCAGCUGCUGGCGACAGGAUCCAACGACAAAUAUGUCAAAGUUCUUCCUUUUAGUGCGGAGACAUGCAACGCUACAGGCCCAGACUUGGAGUUCAGUAUGCACGACGGCACCAUCCGGGACUUGGCCUUCAUGGAGGGCCCAGAAAGCGGCGGCGCCAUCUUGAUCAGUGCUGGUGCAGGAGAUUGUAACAUCUACACCACCGACUGUCAGCGAGGACAAGGCCUGCACGCCCUGAGUGGACACACAGGUCACAUCCUGUCUCUCUACACCUGGGGAGGAUGGAUGAUAGCGUCGGGCUCCCAAGAUAAGACGGUGCGCUUCUGGGACAUCAGAGUGCCCAGCUGUGUGCGAGUGGUGGGCACCGCCUUCCACGGCUCCGGCAGUCCCGUCGCCUCGGUGGCAGUUGACCCGAGCGGGCGUCUCCUGUCGACAGGACAGGAGGACAGCGCCUGCAUGCUGUACGACAUCAGAGGCGGGCGCAUCGUGCAGGUGUAUCGGCCUCACAGCAGCGACGUGCGCUCAGUCAGGUUCUCGCCCGGUGCACAUUACCUGCUCACGGGGUCCUACGACGCCAAGGUGGUGGUCACCAACCUGCAAGGUGACCUGACCAAGCAGCUGCCUCUGACUGUGGUGGGCGAGCACGGUGACAAGGUGAUCCAGUGUCGAUGGCACACCGACGACCUGUCCUUUCUGUCAUCCUCCGCCGACCGCACCGUCACACUGUGGACUCACAACCCAUAAGUACACACACACACACAACCCAUAAUUACACGUACACACCCGUUUGAACACACAACUGCUUCUGGAUCUCACCCAACACAUGAAAAGCACAUGUUGCACACUGCAUCUGUUGUCACGGCAACAGGCACAAAACACUGGAGCGCUCAUCACUGGGUCACACACACACAUACAUUUUGAGCCACACACAUUAUUAGACUCACACAAAUGCACACACAUACAUUUUGAGAAUCACACACACACACACGUCACAACAGGUUGCAUGUGCGUUGAACAAACAGGACCGAGCUUUUUUCCGUCAUCACGGUGCCUUUCUUCAAAUUAUUUUAAUGCCACAUUCCAUCUUGAUGUUCCGCUUCCGCCGGCUGCUUUGGUUUGGGACUGGUGUUAAGUCCCUCUCUUAAUCCACAACAGCCUUUCUAACUCCGCUGUUGCUCUUUCAAAUGUUUCAAAAGUGAAUAAUCAGUGUUGUUUUCUCUUCUAAGCCAUUGCAAUGACAGAUUGUGUUUAAAGGGAAUGCAGUUUUUUGCUGCUGUUCUAAGGUAAAACCAGUAGGGGGCAGUAGUUAAAUUGUAUGCACAGGCAAUGGAAUUGUUCACAUAUUUAUUUUACAGCCAGUA